AUGCAUGUUGAACUGGCAGUUACCAGCCUUGGUUUAAUCUUCCAAAUGGAACUGGACACAUACAUAGGAUGUGAGGUUUCUAAAGUGCCUUUGUCUGAUAUCGCUCAGAGGAUUAUGACAGCUUUGCAGUCUGUUCCUGUAGGAGUUCAGACUAGCAGAGAGAAUAACCAGAGCCUAGAGAAGACAAAGGAAAACAAACUAGGUGACAAGGAGAAACAUCUGAGAUAUGCAAAGGAGACUCAUGAUUCCACAAUUGCCUUGUUAAAAACAUCUGCCAGCCCUGAAAAAGCCACAGCUGGUCAGCUAGUCAGGACAGUCCACACUGAUGAAAUCCUUUGCUCUCAAGAUACCAAAAAAGUGAGCUAUCACCAGGAUUUAGACUGGACAAGGUGGGGAUGUCGAGAAAGAAAUCUUUCAGUGGAAGCAAAAAACCUGAAGGCUGGUGAAAAGAAGACAGCUGCUCCCAUGAAAAGAAAGCAGGAUGUGCCUGCAUGUUGUUCAGAGAAAGCAAGGAGAUUACCUGCAAAGCCUUCUUCACAUGAAAGAAGAUACAACAGUGGACAAGCAGUGCCUUCUGAGAAGGAUCUUUGUGAUACCAGCAAGCUGGGAUUUGAGGGGAAAAGAGAAUUGCUUGCAUCUAUAGAGCAGGCAGUGGCUUUUGUAACUGCUAUGGUGUACCAAGAUGGUUCUUCACAGCUCAGCUCAGAGCAGGCCUUAACCUCGGCACUGAAAGGAGUUGUUGUGCUAGUGAAGAACCAGACUGAUCACCCUUGCCCUCCCAGUUGCUCCUCAGCUGACUACACUUGGAAAGCUGCUCAUGAGAAUGAUAGAUUAAUUUAUUUAAAAACUGAGUCAUCAUCCCUUUGGGAAAAAGAACAACAGGCUCACAAGAAAUUUGCUUGGCAAGUGUUGUUUCAAAUGCUUCAGUGCAAAGUUCCCAUUAUUUGCUUCAAUGCAAAAGAUUUCCUGAGGACUCUGCUUCAAGUUUAUGGGGAUGAAAUUAGCUGGAGACAAGUUGCAGAUAGUGUGGUGCUAGAUCCCAGGAUUGCAGCGUGGCUGAUAAACCCCAGCGACACAGUUCCCUCUUUUGAGAGUCUAACACAGAAGUAUUUUGAGAAGCCUGUUUCUGUGGGAGGAGUAAACAGAGAGGCAGGCACUCUGAGAAACACUGCAUAUGAAAACUUAGGUGUGGACUUGGAGAAGCUUUAUAAUGUCAUGAUGGAUCUUGCUCAGGACUUAAAGGUUCAAGGUUUGUGGAAAUUAUAUUGCACGUUAGAGCUUCCACUCCUCAAAAUUCUGGCAGUGAUGGAGACACACCAAAUCCAUGUCAACAAACAGGAGCUGAAAAAAACAUCAGAGAUUCUGGGGUUACGACUCAAAGAGCUUGAGCAGGAAGCUCAUCAGGUUGCUGGAGAGCGAUUCCUUUUGACCAGCAGCACUCAGCUCAGAGAGGUACUAUUUGAAAAGCUAAAACUGCACACACUGUGUGAGAAACUUCACAGGACUGAAAUACAACAGCUUGUGUCCACCUCAGAAGUUGUGCUACAUAAGUUGAAAGAUCUUCAUCCUUUGCCUAAGAUAGUUUUAGAGUACCGACAGGUGCACAAGAUGAAAUCAACUUAUGUGGAUGGACUACGAACGUGCAUGAGAAAGGGAUUUAUUUCCUCUACAUGGAAUCAGACAGGAACUGUAACUGGCAGACUUUCAGCCAAACAUCCAAACAUUCAAGGUAUCUCUAAACACCCAGUUAACAUUGCAAGGAGGCAGUACAUAAAAGGAAAAGAAGAGGAAAUAGUAACAAUUUCCCCAAGAACACUGUUUGUUUCCAAAAAAGGCUGCACAUUUUUAGCAGCAGAUUUUUCACACAUUGAGUUAAGGAUCCUUGCUGACUUAUCCUCUGAACCAGAGCUUUUGAAGCUGUUCCAAGAGCCUGAAACCACUGAUAUCUUUUCCACGCUGGCUGCUCAGUGGAAAGAGAUUCCACCUGAAGAAGUGAAACACUCAGACAGAGAGCAGGCAAAGCGAAUCGUGUACUCCGUGGUUUAUGGAGCAGGUAAGGAAUGUCUUGCUGACCGCCUGGGAAUUACUCCUCUUCAAGCCAGCCAAUUUAUAGAGAGCUUUAUGCAGAAAUACAAGAAACUGCAUGAAUUUACAAAGAGAACCAUUGAAGAAUGCAGAAACAAAGGCUACGUGGUUUCCAUCAUGGGACGCAGAAGACCCCUGGCUAAUAUCAAUGCCCAGGAUUACAAACUACGCACUCAAGCAGAGAGGCAGGCUGUCAAUUUUGUUGUUCAAGGCUCUGCAGCUGAUCUCUGUAAGAUGGCUAUGGUGGAGAUUUUUACCUCUGUUGUAGGUUCUCUGACUUUAACAGCCAGGUUAAUUGCCCAGAUUCAUGAUGAGUUGUUGUUUGAAGUAGAAGAUUCUCAAAUCCAGGAGUUUGCAGAUAAAACAUGA